UACGCACUGUAAUGUAUAAAUGAAGGCAUACAUGACACACAAAUACUGAAUGCCAUGUGUAAAUUUUACAAGGGAGAAAAAAAUAAAAAAGGGAGGAGUAUAUGAGAAGCUCACUGCUUCUCUGAUUUUGAUGCGAGAGAGAGAGAUAAAGACAGGAGAGGGGUCACCAUUUUUCUUCUCAGGGCAUUUGGUUUUUUCCUUCAUCUCACUCAAAACACCAUUUCUCUCUCAAAGAUUCUGGAGGAGAGGAGAGAAGAGAACAAAGGCUUCAGGUGCCCAAGAUUUUUCUAAUUUGUCAAGUUCAAAUCUUUUAUUUAAUUUUUCUUUUUGUUUUUCAUCUGGGUCAUUGCUGAUGCGGGUGAUUUCUUGGACUCAAUGGUGUGUCUCUGGCUCUGAUUAAUUGAACAGCGAACAAGAACUGUAGGGGGGUUUAUCUUUCAUCUCUCUCCUCUCUCUCUUGUGAAGAUCUUGAUGAGAAGGGUUUUAUUUGGAGAUUUAGGGAUUAAUUAAUAAUAGACAUGUUUGCUGUGUAGGGUGAAGGUUUAAGUUUUGGAAUAAUGCUGAGGAAGAGAACCAGAUCGCAUCAAAAGGAUCAACACAUGAAUAACUUGAUGCCUGAUGCUAUAUCAGAAUCCUAUUUUCACUCUGAUAUUUUGAGCCAGAAGCAUAAAACCAACUCCUUUUUAAAGGUUUCUGGCCUAUUUGUGGGAUUCAAUCCCAGGAGUUCAGAGUCUGACUCAGUUAGAAGCCCUACCUCUCCGUUAGAUUUUAGAAUUUUUUCGAGUUUUGGAAAUCCAUUUAGGUGUCCAAGAUCGCAGAACGAGGGGCACCACAAGAGCUGGGAUUGUAGCAAAGUAGGCCUAAGCAUUAUAGAUUCUCUUGAUGAUGGAGCUAAAAAAGUUGGGAAGGUUACGGGAUCAUCUGAUAAUAAGAAUAUUCUUUUCGGACGACAAAUGAGUAUUAGACGUCCAAAUUUUUGUAGCCAUGUUGAUUCUCUUGAGAAACCUAAUUCAUUGCCUAAAGAUGUUGCUGUUUUCCCUAAUGCCCGGGCUGAACCGGCCAAUGUCCACAAGGGCAAUUCUGAUGCUGUGUUUGAAAUUGGAGAAGCUGUAGUUGAACCAGAGCCGUAUCAGAAUUUCCGUCCUUGUUCAUUGGAUUCUGAAAGGUAUGGAUCUCAUUUAACCAAAUUUGGAAACCGUAAGUCAAGAUUUGGGUCCGGGAGUUUGGUUCCUGAGAAUACAAUGAACCAAAUGCCUUGGGAGUCUGCACUUCUUGGAGGAAGCCCUGAGUUAGGCAGUUUGUCUGGGGAAAAGUUGAGUUCAAUUCCUCCAUCCAUUCAGUCUGGGACUUGUUUGCUUGACUCUAUUCCGGCAAGUGAAAUUGAGCUCUCUGAGGAUUACACCUGUGUUAGAACCCAUGGCCCUAAUCCAAAGGUUACACAUAUCUUUCGUGACCGCAUUUUGGAAUGUCACAAUGAUGAAGUAACCGAGUUCUUGAAGAAAAGCGAGAAUGGCAACGCAACCCCAGAGGCAGAUGAGCUGGCUGAUGUUCUUGGUUUGUAUCCUACCCCAGAGGCAGAUGAGCCAGCUGUCGUUCUUGGUUUAUAUCCUCCCAAGGAUUUCUUAAAAUUCUGUUACUCUUGCCAGAAGAAAUUGGAUGGUGAAGAUAUUUACAUGUAUAGGGGCGAGAAAGCAUUUUGCAGUUAUAGUUGCCGCUCACAGGAGAUUGAGAUUGAUGAAGAGAUGGAGAAAACCAACAAUGCUUCUUCUGAAAUUUCCAACAGCAGCCAAGAAAUCUCCGAGAGCAGCUUGUUUAUUACUACAUAGAUUGCAGGGAUAUCAUAAACACUGUGGUCAUGAUUGAUGGAACGGGCAGCGUGGGUGUGACACCGUGAUCUUCUGUUUUACUGAGAGCUGUUCUUGUAUCUGUUUGCAGCCUUGGAGGAUCGUUCGAGUGGGACAUGCAACCUCGUGUUGAUAUCGUUUUGUCUCUCAUGGUUAUAGUGUAUGGAAAGAAGCUGGCUUUGUCAACUCUGAUUUUGGUAUAUAGGAUAGAAGAGCUUGGUGAUGGUGAAAAGGGUAGAGCAGCCCGUCGUAGUGGCUCCCCAGUUUUAUCACCUGUUAAACACGAGUUGUUGAUUCUUAAGCUCUCAACUAAAUUUUGGAUCAAUAUAAAUGCCUUUUCUGAAUAUAUAUAUAUAUGUUUA